UUUAUCAUUUAGUCGUUUCACUUUCACUGUGCCCUCACACUGCCUUGUCCAUUUUUUGCCUAGUGGGGAUGGAGCCAACUGAUCCAGAGGUAUCUCAUGAAUCUCUGGUUACUGAUGCCAAAUGGGUAUGUAAAAGCCCCAAUUCAGGCAUCUCUGCUACGGCUUCAGGAUGGCCUCGCUUUGAGGACAUCAAAUCAUCUUCUCUCGCAUAUUCUCUAUCUGCAGAAGAGCAAGCAACUGUGGCAGUGUUGCAAUUGCAGCACAAAGCAUUAGAAGCAUGUCAGAAGUUCUUUGUUGGCAAUGCUGGUUCUGAUGGUGACGAAGAUGAUAGUGAUGAUGAGGAUGAAGACGAGUUGGUGGAUAAUUACGAUCCUAAAGAAUGUGAGGAGUAUAGGUUCUUUGAAAGAGUGUUUGCCGAAGAUGGUGACCUGAGGAGAUAUUAUGAGAACAAUCACAGGGAAGGAGAUUUCUGUUGUUUGGUUUGUGGAGGUAUAGGCAAGAAAGUAUGGAAGAGGUUUAAGGAUUGUGCUGCUCUAAUCCAUCACUCCACUGCCAUACUAAGGACAACAAGGAAGCGAGCUCAUAGGGCCUAUGCACAGGUGAUCAACAAAGUUGUCGGUUGCAACAUUGAUCAAUUGUCAGCUAUUGCGUUGAACGGUUUGGAUUCUUCCUUGAAAGAUUCACGGAAGCUGUUGGGUUUUGAGAAGGAAGGUGAUAAUCUAGAUGGAAAGGUCUCAGAACCAAGUUCAGAAAAUGGAAGAGAAAUAGUUAAGGAAUCACAUAAAUCUCUGGUUGCUGAUGCUGAAUGGGUAUCUGAAACCGCCAAUUCUGGUUUCUCUUCUACGGCUUCAGGAUGGCCUUCCUUUAAUGACAUCAAAUCAUCUUCCCUCACUUAUUCUCUAUCAGCAGAAGAGCAAGCUACUAUGGCAGUGCUGCAAUUGCAGCACAAAGCAUUAACAUCUUGCCGGAAGUUUUUAGUUGGUGAUACCAGUUUUGACAGUGAUGAAGAUGGCAAAGAUGAUAUUAAUUCUGAUAGUGAAGAUGAUGGGGAAGAUGAUGCGGAAGAUGAGGAGCAAGAAGAUGAGUUGGUAAAUAUUUAUGAUUCUAAGGAAUGUAAGGAGUACAAGUUCUUCGAAAAGGUAUUUGAUGAAGAUGAUGACUUGAGGAAAUACUAUGAGAAUAAUCAUAGGGAUGGAGAUUUUUAUUGUUUGGUUUGUGGAGGUAUACGGAAGAAAGUAUGGAAGAGGUUUAAGGAUAGCAUUGCACUGAUUCAGCACUCCACUUCCAUACUUAGAACAAAAAGGAAGCGAGCUCACAGGGCCUAUGCACAGAUCAUCUGCAAAGUUGUUGGUUGGGACAUUGAUCAAUUGCCAGCUAUUGUGUUAAAGGAUUUGGAUUCCUCCAUGGCAGGUUCCAAGAAGCUUUUGGUUGAACCCAAAAAACCUGCUGUGGGUUGUCUUGAUGAUUCAAAUGCUGAACCUGAUACCUGAUAAUUCGACUGAUAAUCGUAUUGAUGAUUAGGACUUUGUUAAUAUGGUUUGUUGGGAGGCCUAUGGAACUUCUUGAUGAUGUGCCUUUGUGACAAGUUUUUAACUUUUGUCUGGGGAAUUUCCCCUGCUAUUGCGGAUAGUUAUGUAAAUCCUUGAACUGCAAAUCUCACUCAAUAUGAUGGCUACCUUGCAAGUAGUUGAUUCACA